AUGGACAACAGCUCCUACUGCAGCAGGGAGCACAGGGAGAUGCUGCUGCUGCAGCUGCCCACAGAUGUGAAGGGUGACUCCUCUCUACCUGCUCAGGAUAGCGUGUCGUGUGGCCGCAGUAGUGGUGGCUCUACCUCUUCUCUCUCCACCCCCCCUUCCAUCUCCCACAGCCCCCCCCAGCCGCCUCAGCUCAACGGGGUUGCCAUGGGAACAAUGCUGCUGGGAGGGGGAGCUGGGCUAGGGAUGGGGGGGAUAGUGGGGGUUCUGAACAGAGUCAUACAGACCACUUCCAGCCCUCACACAUACAGCUACACACAUACCUCCUCACCGGGCCCCAGCACCGCUCUGCCCAUCUCCAGCUCCAUCAACACCAGGUUGGGUGCCUUGUCUGAGCAGCAGAGGCUCUUACUGCACCAGAACCAACUACAACAGCUACUGUCUUCACAGCCCUCUGCGGAACAGCAGCAGGUGUUAUUUUACCAGUUGAUGCAGCAACAACAAGACCUCCACCAACUCCAGUCUUCCUCCUCCCAGCUUCCCUCCAUCCCUCUCUCCUCUGCUCAGCUGCCCAUCACCUCCCUUCUUUCCUCCUCCAACGCCCACGGCACCAUCACCGCCAACCCCUUCCUGGCUCGGCACACACACCCCGACACACACACACACCCCGACACACACACACACGCCGCUGCACAGAAGCCCCGGCUGGCUGAGAAAGCUGUUGGAGUCACUGGACAGGAGAAGACCUGACCCACAAAACAUAUCUCUCUCUUUUCUCUAUCCAUCUCUCUCUCUCUCUUUCUGUUGGUGAUUCUGUCUACUCUCUAUCCAUCUCUCUAUUCAUCCAUCUCUCUCGCUCUCUCUCUCUCUCUCUCUCUCUCUCUCUCAGGGGUCUCCACCAUCAUGUGAUCAGUGCUGUGUGUUUAACCACACAAGCUCACCCACAUAGAACUACAAACUCCAAAAAACGAUCAGGACACUAACAUAGCUGACUGACUCACAGCUCAGCUGGAGAGAUGCGGUCUGGGAAGUAUGACUCUCAUUGGACAGUUUUAAGAGAGGGAGGAGUUUGUAACUGCUUUUACCUCUCUAUAUCUGUGUGUAUGGACCAGCAUAAGACCUGACCAGAGACCACUCUAAUGUAAGACUGACUGACUGCUCAGCCAUGGAAGCCUUGCUAUGACUGUCUUUCUGCUGUACCUACCUCACACACACAAACCAGCCGAUUAGUGCCCACAACUCUCAGCAUCGGCCAAUAGGAAUCCACAACAUUCAUGACUGGCCAGUCAGGGUCCAAUCCCCAAGUGCCUAAAGCCGAGGGGGCGGGGUUACUCAUACUCCUCUUCCUGUCUCUCCUGUCAGACAUCCAUUCUCACCAUAUUACUGGCUGUCAAGCUGCGUUGCCCAGGCAACAGGUCACACAACACAUUCUGAGAAGCUGGAAGCUGUAUUGUGCUGCUUUCACAAACUACAGAAACAAACUUUAUAAAUGGUCUCUUUUUAUUUAUUUAGAAGUGCCCGCUGUUCUUACAAGCGUUUGUUUUAUACUAAUGUUUGAAGUUUUUCUCACUCUUGCUGUAAACAUUUUUGAUGGAAACAGAUACUUGUUGUGUACUCAGAAAGAUUGAAGUAGUGGUGGUGGUGUAUAUAGCUGCUAUUGUGGGGAGGGGUGUGGAUUCAAUAACACAGUUUUUACCUCGUUUGUGUAAAUAAAUAUAUAUUUUUCAUUGGCUGUGGGGUGUAAAUAAGUGAUUGUGAUUGGCCCUGCUGGUGUGAAGGAUAGCCAAUAAACCUCAUUUUGUGUGACUCUUAUGAGCAGACAACAGGAGACGGUGACUGAACACAAAGUGUUAAUUUAUUUUUAUAUGUGCAGCGACAUUGUUUCGUUGUUUUUCUAAGUUUCACAACGGUUAUUUUAUACUCGGCACCAUGUUUCCGUCUGUGUUCACUUUUGUUUGGAUCAGUUUUGUACAACUGAAAAAUCAUAAAACAUCCUCAAAUGUUUCUAUUUCAAGUCACUGAAAUAAAGAAGCGUUCCGGAUAAAGAAAGAGACGGACUGUUGGUGAAAAGACGAGGAGGAGGACUUACAGGAAGCCUGUGUCGGGAUGUCGUCAUGGUUUGGUUUGUGAGAACAUCGGUAAAGCUUGAUUUAACAGCUCUGUUCAAGUGCUUUUUGUAAAAUGCAUUUUAAUGCUUUGGUUGAAUAAAGAACAGAUCUACCUCCCUAAA